AUGCUAACAAACGCAACUGGAGAAGAAAACCCCAAAACGAAUGAACAACUAUAUUGCUCAGCAGAGUUAUCUGGAAGGGUACACAUCCAUUUAAUAUUUCUUGCUGUGAUAAAUAUAUUCAUGUCCAUUACCGCAUUCCUGGGAAAUACUCUGAUUCUAGUUGCUCUGCGCAAGGAAUCUUCACUUCAUCCGCCGUCCAAACUCCUGUAUCGUAACCUAGCGAUAACUGAUCUCUGUGUUGGUAUCAUCGUGGGACCUUUUAGCACUGCUUAUUGGAUAUCUGAGGCGAUGGAACGAUGGGAUAUUUGUUUCUACGCCCUACACUUAUCAUCUAUGAUAAACAGUGUUCUGUGCUCAGUUUCUUUACUGACAUUAACUGCAAUAAGCAUUGAUAGACUUCUUGCCCUGUUACUGAGGCUCAGAUACAGACAGAUUGUAACUUUGAAGAAAACAUAUGUUGUUAUGCUAAUCCUCUGGGCUUGCUCCACUGUCGCUGCAACUAUGUAUAUUGUGAACGCGCUUGUAACUUCCUGGUGGGCCAACCUGGUUACAUUACUAUGUCUCGUCACCUCGAUCUUCUCUUAUACCAAAAUUUUCCUUACUCUGCGUUACAAUUCAAUUCAGCCACAGGAACAAAUGUGGCAAGCACAGUCAACCCAAGUAACUCCACUGAACAUGGCUCGAUACAGAAAGGCAGUAUCAAGUGCAUUGUGGAUACAAGUAACAUUGGUUGUUUGUUAUCUUCCGUACGCUGUCGCGGUAUUUCUAACACCUCAAGGGAAAUUAACUUUACAUAAUUACCUUUCUCGACAAUUUGGGUUUACGGUCAUUUGCUUAAACUCGUCAUUAAACCCGUUGUUGUACUGCUGGAAGAUCAGAGAAGUCAGACAAGCGGUGAAACAGGUGAAAGANAUAUUGUGAACGCGCUUGUAACUUCCUGGUGGGCCAACCUGGUUACAUUACUAUGUCUCGUCACCUCGAUCUUCUCUUAUACCAAAAUUUUCCUUACUCUGCGUUACAAUUCAAUUCAGCCACAGGAACAAAUGUGGCAAGCACAGUCAACCCAAGUAACUCCACUGAACAUGGCUCGAUACAGAAAGGCAGUAUCAAGUGCAUUGUGGAUACAAGUAACAUUGGUUGUUUGUUAUCUUCCGUACGCUGUCGCGGUAUUUCUAACACCUCAAGGGAAAUUAACUUUACAUAAUUACCUUUCUCGACAAUUUGGGUUUACGGUCAUUUGCUUAAACUCGUCAUUAAACCCGUUGUUGUACUGCUGGAAGAUCAGAGAAGUCAGACAAGCGGUGAAACGGGUGAAAGACACUCUCAGACAAAUUUGCUCUUCUUUGGUUUAA